CCCCGUAAAUAAAAGAAACCCACUACUCCACUAAGGUAUUGGCCCAAAACCGUUACCCAAAACGCGGCGUUCUGUUCCCCCUUUUAACCAUGGUUAACUAAGCACCCUCACCCUUAACCAUGGUUAACUUGUCUCCUCCCCCACUCAAUCACCCCUUUAAAAUUCCUCACCCCCACACAAACUCACAAACAAACAGAGAGAAAGAAAUCAAUUCCAUCGGAAACAAAACAGAAAAGGAAAGGAAAGGAAAGGAAAGACUUCUGUUUCAGCGGAAGGUGAAAGAAAAUGGCGUUGUACCUGGAUGAAGAAGAGGUAUGGAAAUGUCCAAAGCACCCUUCCAAGCGACGGAGGAGCGGGAUUUGUCCAAUUUGCCUCCGCGAUCGACUCGUCACUCUCUGCCCUGACUGCGCUAACGUGCGACCGUGCUCCUGCUGCGCAACCAGCUCGUCUUCUUCCUCCUCCUCCUCUUCGUCCUUCCAUCGUUUCUCCGUCACCGGCGACGCCUCUACCGUCGGUCGCGUCUACAACCUCAUCGAGCGUGAGCCCUCGCUCCGCCGCUCGCGCUCCCUGGCGAUUCCGUUUCUCCGCUCAAGAUCGAGGUUCUCCGGCGCGGAUUCGGAUCUCGACGGCGCGAGAGAUUCACCGGCUAUGAACGGGAGCCGGUCGGCGAGGUCGUUCUGGUCUUUGUUCAGGUCGCACAAGAACUACAGGGAGCACGAGAGCGAGGCGACGGCGGCGUUGGCCGUCGGAGACUGCGACGGCGGCAUAGAUGCAAGUAGGAAGACGAUGAUGCAGAAGUCGAGGUCGGUGGCGGCGGCUCCCAGCGGAGAUAGAGAAUUGAGGCCGCGGUCAAAGGGAAAGGGAUGGUUCUUUCCGAGCCCUAUGAAGGCUUUCCGGCAAUCCAAGGUGUCUAAAGUGGUUCAGGAGCGUUCUCCUUUGUACAGAGGUUGAAAUUUUUGUAUAUUAAAAAAAUAAUAAUAAUAAUAACAAUACUUACUUUAUAUUUACUCAAAAA